AUGGCAAAUGUGCAGCUGGAGUUCCAGGCCAGCGCCGGCGAGGCAGACCCGCAAAGCCACCCUUUGCUUGUGCUGGGCCAGCUGCAGAAUUUCCACCAGUUGCCUUGGGCCCAGCUGCGGAGCAAGCUGCAGCCCCGGGUCACUGAGGAGCCCCUGACCUGGCUGCCUGGGCAGGACUCUGGGCCUGGCGGCUCCCUCGAACCACCUCCAGUCACCUCAGGCUAUGUCUUCCCCAUGGAGGCUGCCACAGGCUUCAGCUGCUGCUCCUCCUGCCGCCCUCAGCCACUGGCUCGGCCCCGCCGGCUUCCAGCAGCGGGUUCCCAGGGCUCUGGGCCUGGUGGCUCCCUUGGACUGCCUCCAGUCAUGCCAGCCCGUGUCUUCCUUGCUCAGCCUCUUUCUGCAUGUAGUGAGCUUUGCCAUCCUGGCUCCAGCAAGAAAGUGAAAGAGGGGAAGCCAUUUUGCUGCUACAAUUGCAUCCCAUGUCCAAAAGAGAAGAUUUCAGACAAGGAGGAUAUGAAUGACUGCAAUAAAUGCACAGAUGAGAAGUAUCCAAGUAAGAACCAGGAUUUAUGCAUUCCCAAGAAUAUAACCUUCUUGUCUUAUGAGGAACCUUUGGGGCUCAGUUUAGCAUCUUUUGCUCUUUCUUUUUCUUUGAUCACAGCUCUGGUGCUAGGAACAUUUCUGAAGCACCAUGACACUCCCAUUGUCAUUGCCAACAACAGGAACCUCACCUACACUCUCCUUGUCUCUCUCCUGCUCUGUUUCCUUUGUGCAUUGCUAUUUAUUGGACAACCUCAGAAGGUGACAUGUCUCAUCCGUCAAGCAGCUUUUGGCAUAAUCUUUUCAGUGGCUGUUUCUUGUGUGCUGGCAAAAACUGUCACUGUGGUUUUGGCUUUCAUGGCUACCAAGCCAGGAUCCAGGAUGAGGAAGUGGGUGGGGAAAAGCCUGGCCACCUCCAUUGUCCUUUCUUGUUCUCUUGUCCAAGUAGGCAUUUGUUCCAUGUGGCUAUCAAACUUUCCCCCAUUCCAAGAUAUGGACAUGCACUCUGUGACUGAAGAAAUUGUAUUGGGAUGUAAUGAAGGUUCUGUGACUAUGUUUUACACUGUCCUGAGCUACAUGGGCUUCUUGGCAACUGCCACUUUCACUAUAGCCUUCUUUGCCAGGAAGCUACCAGACAGUUUCAAUGAAGCCAAGUUUAUCUCAUUCAGUAUGCUAGUAUUUUGCAGUGUUUGGCUAUCCUUUAUUCCAGCCUACUUGAGCACCAAGGGAAAAUAUGUGGUCGCUGUGGAGAUCUUCUCAAUCUUAUCCUCCACUGCUGGACUGCUUGGUUGCAUCUUUUCUCCCAAAUGUUAUAUUAUUCUGUUGAGGCCAAAGCUGAACAAUAGGGAGCAGCUCAUAAGAAGACAAGGCUUAAGAAUUUGA